CACAACAUUGUUGGUGUUCACAAAGAGAGGAUCGGUCGAAACCAACUUAAACACCCAAAAAGUGAGUGAAGUUUUUGAGGUGCUGCAUUUAGAAUGUUCCCGAGGGUGCCAAAUCAAAUCGCAUGCAGCAUCCAAAUGGAGGUAUGCAAAAGCGAACCCAAACAAGUGGGCCCAAAGUUGUUCUCAAGGCUGAAAAAAGUGGACAACACCAACAACCAGCGGCUGAGCGAGCUCCCGUGCCAGAAGGCUGUCAACCUGGAGUUCAACAACCUCUCUUUCACCAUCCAGCAGGGAAUCUGUUUGAAGAAGAAAGGUUUCAAAACGCUCCUCGACAAUCUGUCCGGACAAUUCAACAGCAAAGAGCUCACUGCUAUCAUGGGACCUUCCGGAGCUGGCAAGUCCACAAUGAUGAAUGUCCUGGCGGGAUAUAGGGAAAAGGGCAUGACGGGCCAAAUCCUGGUAAACGGUCACCCGAGGGACUUGGUGAAAUUCCAGAAGAUGUCAUGCUAUAUUAUGCAAAUGGAUGUCUUAAUGCCUCACCUCUCAACAGAGGAGGCUAUGAUGGUGGCAGCCCACUUGAAACUAAAUGAAUCGUUACAGGUCAAAAGGAAGAUAGUGAACGAAGUCCUGACAGCUUUAGGCCUGAAGAGCUGUGCUAAAACACGCACCAACAAUCUGUCAGGUGGCCAGUCGAAGAGACUGGCCAUUGGUCUCGAGCUGGUCAACAAUCCGCCGGUCAUGUUCUUUGAUGAGCCCAUCAGUGGUUUGGACAGUGCAACAGCCAUCCAAGUCAUUUCUCUCCUAAAGUGUCUGGCUAAUGGAGGCCGGACAAUCAUCUGCACUAUUCAUCAGCCCAGCGGCAACCUCUUUCAGAUGUUUGAUAAGCUGUUCAUUCUCAGCCAAGGCCAAUGUAUAUACAAAGGCACAGUCUCUCACCUCAUCCCUCACCUGACCAACCUCAACCUUCAUUGCCCAAUAUAUCACAAUCCAGCGGAUUUCAUCAUAGAGGUGGCGACGGGAACGCACGGGGACAUGCAGGCCGUGUUGUUUCAGGCCGCUCGAAGCAGCCCGUGCUGUGAGGAGAGCGUAGAGGACAACCAGGGUUCCUCCAAAAAUUUGGAAUCUGAGCUAAUGCCCCUUGAAUUGUCGUACUUUGCCACAAGUAUGUUCAAACAAUUCUACAUCCUCUUUAAAAGGAACCUGACAGCGAUAUGUAGAGAUGCGAUGCUGACCCACCUGAGGUUGACCUCCCACAUCGUGAUGGGACUCCUGAUCGGCCUGCUUUACCUUGACAUCGGAAAUGACGCCAAGUUUGCCUGGAACAACACCGCCUACCUUUUCUUCUCCAUGUUGUUCCUUAUGUUUGCCGCCCUGAUGCCCACCGUUCUCACCUUUCCUCUGGAAAUGUCCGUGUUGGUCAGGGAACACUUAAAUUCCUGGUACAGCCUCCAUGCAUACUACUUGGCGAAAACAUGUGCGGACAUACCGUUACAGGUAGUAACAGGUGGCUUUCACAGUAGUUUUUAUGGAGGUAAUCAAUCCUCAUUUCCAAUCUCGUUUCCAGAUGAUCUGUCCAAUCAUGUAUUGCGCUAUCACAUACUGGAUGACGAGCCAGCCUUCAGAGGCCGUUCGCUUCUUGCUUUUUGUCUCCUUUUCUACAUCGGUCGCGCUUGUCGCUCAGUCACUGGGGCUGCUCGUAGGGGCAGCAUCACCGUCAACUCAGGCAAGGCCCGUAUCUUUGUCUUUCCUGUCCUCACUCUCGAAGGAGUUGAUGACAAAUGCGGUUCAUCCCCCUUACACCACCUCGCAGGUCGCCGCCUUUGUCGGGCCGAUCACAGCCAUUCCCAUUGUCUUGUUCUCAGGAUUUUUUGUCACUUUCAAAAACAUUCCUUAUUAUCUUCGCUGGAUCUCUUACACUUGCUUUGUCAGGUACGUUUAAUUGGAUAUUUUCUUCUGCUUUACAUGUGCACAAAUGAAGAAAUUCUAUUUAGGUACGGCUUCGAGGGAGUGCUCCACUCCAUCUACGGGUUGGAUCGCAAAAAUCUGGAAUGUAAGGAGCAGAUGUGCAACUUUGAAGAACCCCAAAAUAUCCUGCAAAUGUGGGACGUGCCAGAAGGCAUUAUCUAUGUGGAUUUCAUUAUCUUAGGAGUUUUCUUCACGAUCAUCAGGGUGGUAACUUAUGUAAUACUGCGCUACAGAAUAAGAGCAACCCGUUAGUUUUGAGUAAAUGCGUUGACAGGGAUGUUACCGCAACCCUUGCUGGUCAAAUUACAUUUGGUUGUAAUUUACCACGUGUGUGCUAGUAUUAAGUUAACUGCAAAACUUUUUGUCCAGUAAAAAGCUAACUUUUUUUGCGAUUGUUGAUUAAAGAGUGAUGUGAUGGAAUAUGACUUUUACUAAAGCAAGUAAUACAUGAUACACCCAUAUUUUCAUUUGUAUUCUGCGUCAAUUUCAUGCAUAUUGUUUUAAAACAUCAUAUACAGAAACAUAUUGUCCAGGCGUCUCAAAUGUGAUGUGCGGUGUAAACGUCAAAUGUUCCUAGACAGGAAGUUUGUAGGUCAUUUAUGUAACAUAUUUAUGUCGCACUGCUGUUGCCAUAGCUGUGCAGUCCUUGUGCGUGUCGUAUUACAGUAUAACGAACCCUUAUGUGAUCUAUCGUGUCUACAUAUGAUGAAACGCACACUGAAUAAAGUAGUGUUGUUCCACUCAAGUCUCG